AUCUUCAAGAUAAGCUUGAGAGUUGAGACUACAAAAAAAAGCACAAUAUUGUUUUUAAAGUGACAGAGAGAGUCAGAGAGAGAGAUCUAAUGGCGAAGAAAGAAGAGAGUGUGAAGCUUCUAGGGUUUUGGAUAAGCCCUUUUAGUCGUAGAGUCGAGAUGGCUCUCAAACUUAAAGGCGUACCAUACGAGUACUUGGAAGAAGACUUACCCAAAAAGAGCACUUUACUUCUUGAACUAAAUCCGGUUCACAAGAAGGUUCCGGUUCUUGUUCACAAUGAUAAAUUAUUAUCCGAGUCACAUGUGAUCCUCGAAUACAUCGACCAAACUUGGAAUAACAAUCCAAUUCUACCUCACGAUCCCUACGAGAAGGCCAUGGUUCGGUUCUGGGCCAAGUUCGUUGAUGAGCAGAUCCUACCAGUUGGCUUCAUGCCCCUAGUAAAAGCAGAGAAGGGAAUAGAUGUUGCUAUUGAGGAGAUUCGAGAAAUGCUUAUGUUUCUUGAGAAGGAAGUCACUGGAAAAGAUUUCUUUGGUGGCAAGACGAUCGGAUUCUUGGACAUGGUUGCGGGAAGUAUGAUCCCGUUUUGUCUUGCUCGGGCUUGGGAAUGUUUGGGGAUUGAUAUGACUCCAGAGGAUACGUUUCCAGAAUUAAACAGAUGGAUCAAGAACUUGAAUGAAGUUGAGAUCGUGAGGGAAUGUAUACCUCCAAAAGAGAAACAUAUUGAGCGUAUGAAGAAAAUUAUAGAGAGAGCUAAGUCUACGUUCUAAAUUAAUGAUAACUUCAUAACUCUGUGUUCUAAAAUAAUGACUAUGUGCAGCUUGUAUCGUUUUGUUAUUGAAAAAUUUGAAACAAAGAAUGAAUGUAGCUGCAUUGGUAGUGGAAAUCAAUUAAUGGGUGCAAAGUGAAAUGUUGAAAGCUACCUAUUAUAACUAUAAUAACAAAUAUUGAUUU